GUUUGUUGAUGAAGAAAAAGUAAAAAAUAACUUAUAGGUAGGUACGUACUCUUCCUUCGUGCAUGCAGUUGCAGUGCAGUGCAUCAAGCAAUGUGCAAGAAAUAAAAGUGAAACUUUAAAUUGCAUUUCUAAAGCUAAAGCUUAGAAAAUUGAUAACAAAGAAUUGUAAAUCAAACAUGUUUGACAACUAUGGACAUAAUCAGGCGCAGGCGCCUCCCCCACAAACUUCUCAGAAAGUGCUGCGAUUUGACAAAAACUACAUCAAGACAUUGCCAGGGAUACUCAAGAUAGUAGAAUUGUCAUGCAACUUUAUAGGCUUCAUAUGCAUAAAAGCGUCAUGGGGAAUGUGGGUGUCUGCUAUCUUCUUCAACAUCCUGUACUGGGUGGGCAACAUCAUAACCUGCUUCAUCUUCAUCAUGUACCUGUUCCAUUUCGUGGAAAAGUAUGACCAGUGGCCAUGGCUCAAGCUGGAGUUCUUCUUCUGUUGUGCAAUGGUAUUAGCAUACAUAUGCUUCUCGAUUUUUGCAACCACGAUUGGUGAAGGCGUUGGAUAUGCUGUUGGGUUCUUCGGAUUCUGUGCCAUAAUAGCGUAUGGAAUUGACGGGUAUUUAAAAUACAAAGGGUGGAGGCGAGGGUUGCCACCACAGUGAGCGCCUUAACCUGAGUUAUUGACUUGUUGACUGUGUUUUUGUGUUAUAUAAGGCAAUCAAUUGAUGAAGCCUUGUGUUUGCAAGUGGUGUAUAAACCAAUUAGUAUAGGUAAUCGAACUUCGAUACUGAAAAUUGUAUCUUAAUCUUUUAUAAAUAUUCUACACUGUUUUGUAUAAUUUAGACCAUAAGAAAUCUUUGUUAUUUUAUGUAUAACUUAGUAACUUUGAACUGGCACUAAUGCGUGGUACAACCACAGGGCAGUUCUAACAACUGAAUUAGUAAAUAACAUUUAAUCUUUUUUUAUAUUUUUGCAUUUUGUAUAUAGUAACAGGCAAUAUAUUGAGCUUGGAUAUAGCAAAAUUGAGAUGAAUCUAAUUGAUAAUAAAAUUAUAUCAUGAACUAAAAUUUAGGAAUCUUUAAAAGCCUUUUAAUGGUUUUUAUACCUAAUGUGAAAAUUGUGAAAGCACAGAGAUAGCUAAAUUGUCAAGUAGACCUCCACUACUUACCCUGUGGGUAGCCAAUAUCUGGCAUGAUUUUUGAAUUACAUUUAUUCACAAUGUUAUAACUUGAUUAACUUUUAAAUUAACCACAUAUUUUAAUAGUUUCUCUAAGAGUGAGAUCUUGAUUGAUUCUAUUUACAUAUAUAAACUAUAAGUUUUAAUCUACUUAUUUAGGUUUUAAGAUAAUGUCAAUUUUAGCUAUUUAACUUUAAUAGCUAAUGAUUUCUAAGUCCAUAAAUCAUAAAACAGGAAAAAAGGGUCCAUUUAAUUUAAGCAUUUUUACACUACUAAGAGUGUCAUGUUUCAAGUACUAAACAGCACAUCAAGAUGUCCAAAACUAAUUCGGUUAUGAUAUGGUGUCGAUUGUACAAACAUUUAUUUAUACCGUAAUGUAUGCGUGUAAAGUUUACUAUAAAUUAAAUGUAUCAAGCCAAAUAGGGUGUCAAAAGUGCCUUAAAUGUACCUUACAAGAUCGUAUCGAUCGAUCAACAGUAAUUUUAGGUGAAUGUCAAAUAAAAUUACAUAUUGUUAGCGAAGAUGUUUUAAAAAUAUGUCUACUGAAUUUUAUCAAAAUGACAUUUAAAAAAUGGUUGCCUGUAAAGUCGGUUUUACGGGCGAAGAUUUGACAACGUGACAACGUCUUUUUACGCGCGCGGCAGACCGAUCAUAGUUGAGUGGGAGAGAGACGCAAGGCAUUCGGCGGGCCUCUCUCUCGUUCGGUGACUCAUCGUAACGUUACCGGGCGUUACACUUUUUCAUAAGUGACUCCCAGCCGCAAACUAAUUUAAGACGUUGUCACGUCAAAAAAGUAACGCGUUUUGUAACAUUUAUUUUUUUAUGAAAAUAACGUUUUGUAGAAUCUAUCUACUUAUCAUUAUUACUUUAUAAAUUUUAUACAAAAAGGUAAAUAUACAUUUUAAACAAAUCAAUAAAUUGUUUUCAAUAAAAGACAGUCAUACGA